AUGGCGGCGCUCGGCAGGCAGGUCUUUGACUGGCACCGCCUGAUCCCCCUCACCUGGGCGCAUGUUGCUAGGCAGACUCCUCUCGGAGAACAGAAAAGGACGUCUGCGUCGUUGUUGUGUCUACUGACCACAGCCUCCAAUGGAGGGGACCUCCAGAAGGUAUCCUGCGUGGAACCCAAAAAGUAUGUGCGGGAACCAGAGUGCAGGACAGAUCUCACCCCGGACCCCCUUGAGAAGCAGAGGACUCCUGUGGCUGGAGGGUUCUUAGAGCGAGAGAACGUCAUCAGUGCCCUCCUGGACAUGGGUUUCAGUGACAUCCACGUUAAUGAAUUGCUCAGUAUGUGGCCAACUGUGCCCCCCCAACAGUUGCUGGACAUCAUUUCAGAAUUAAUACUCUUGGGUUUGAACCCAGAGCCUGUGUAUGUGGCCCUAAAGAAAAGCCCUGAGCUGCUGAAGCUGCCUAUAAUGCAGAUGAGGAAACGCUCCAGUUACCUGCGGAAGCUUGGGCUUGGAGAAGGGAAACUCAAGACGGUGCUUCUCUGCUGCCCUGAAAUCUUCACCAUGCACCAGAGGGACAUCGACAGCAUUGUCGGAGUUCUCAAGGAGAAAUGUCUUUUCACGGUACAGCAGGUGACCAGGAUUUUGCACAGGUGCCCGUAUGUUCUUCAGGAGGACCCCGGUGAACUGGAGUACAAGUUCCAGUAUGCCUAUUUCAGGAUGGGGGUUAAGCACGCGGACGUGGUGAGGACCGACUUGCUGCAGUAUUCCAUCACCAAGAUCAAGCAGAGACAUGUGUUCCUCGAGCGCCUAGGACGGUACCAAACCCCUGAUAAGAAGGGCCAGACCCAGGUCCCCAAUCCUUUACUCAAGGACAUCCUCAGAGUGUCAGAAGCUGAGUUUCUGGCCAGGACAGCCUGUUCUUCUGCUGAGGAGUUUGAAGUUUUUAAGAAGCUCUUUGCUCGGGAGGAGGAAGAGAAGUCCGAGAGCCCCAUGCCUGACCAUAAAAGCUUAAGUCUGGACGAGGAAGAGGAGGAGGAGAAAGAGGAAGAGGAGGAGGAGUGA